UCUCUCUCUCUCUCUCUCUACAGAGUACAGGAACACCAAGGAAUGGGUGAAGAAUUCCAAGAGUCAGAGGUGUUUUGGCCGAAGCAAUCAUACCGGAGAGAGGAUCGGCUUUACCACAGCGUUUUCCAAGACGAGAACGUCAAUCCAGACCAGAUGAUCAUCAACAACAACAACUCUGCUGCUGCGAAGAAGAAGAAGAGCAAGCGGAGCAACUCAUCUCAUUCCCUUCCGGUUACAAUCCCUUGCAACUUGAACCAACGGAGUACUAAUAACAAUUCGUCAUUGCAUUAUUCGGAUUCUAAUGAGAGUGACGACGAAUUCGAUGAUGCAGAAAUGGUACCUCCUCACUUGAUGGUCGCCGGCAGAUUGACAGAUCAGAUGGCUUUCUCUGUUUGUACAGGCAAUGGGAGAACUCUCAAAGGUCGUGAUUUGAGCCGAGUCAGGAACUCCAUUCUCAGAAUGACUGGUUUCCUCGAGACAUAAUAUUCAAAGACAAAUCAUUCAAAUUUUUCCAUUUUUGUUUUCCCCCAACAUCCCUUCCCUUCCCUUCCCUU